GCCAUCAUCUUAUGCCUUUUGCAUUGCCGCUGCUCGCAAACACUACCUGGAACAAUGGUGUACAGACGCGAGACUUGAACAGCACACAAGCGGCAUAAUCCUCAUCAUACAAGUAGCAAAAAGGACGCGGUGCAUCUGUGCGGGACUAUUUUAACAUGCAUAGGAUGAUAGGCGCAUGAAUUUGCAUGACAUAUGACAACCGUUUUGGGCCUAGCGGCCUAGCCACGCAAUGGCAGCAUUGGAGUUCAGGAUUAAGUUUGUGUCUGAUAGGCAUGAACCCGACUUCAUCGCGCACGUCCAAGAUGGGGACACCAUGGAAGCAGUUGUUCAACAGGUGUGCAAGGCCAAGCACAUUCCGCAGACAAAACGGCUGAGAAUUCUUUGCGCUGGGCGAGAGCUAUAUGCAGAUGACCUGGCGUCGAAAGCACCUGGUAGGGUGCUGCACUGCAUCGUGACCGACACGGAGCCUCAGCAGCCAGAGCCGGCACCGCAGCGUAAGGCGGUGCAACCACCCCCACCCGUGGUUGAGCAGCAGCCUCCUGUAGACUGGCUGGAUGUGGUUGACCCUGAGACCGUGUUGAUGUGGAUAUUUGGCUCCAUCUUGGCGUUGCUAUGGCUCCUCUUCAUGUUUUACGCCAACAUGUUCGACAAGACCAGUAUUGUCAUGCUGGUCAUGAUGACGCUGUACCUGCGGUGGCAGUUUGGCAGCGGCAUCCAUACGACGGAGAAAUCCCGCCCCGACCGCCAGCGCGUGUUCGACCAGGCAGCUGACCACACGUAAAUGCGCCCGCGGGGGGGCGAGCUAGUGGGGCUGAUGACUCCAAUGCUUAUGACACACGGACCUGGUGCAGUUAGGGGCCCGCAGGAGGGGAUUAACCCCAUGAAGAAGAGGCUAGAGCUAGAACUUUGCCUUAUUGGCCGCAUUAUGGAUGGUUAGCUCGAAAAGUUCAAUAUUCAAUUUUCGUGAAUGGUUGGGGUGGCUGCUGUGGAUAGUCGCAUUUUGGGAAUAGAGGCUUUUAAUGGAUCACUAGCCACAGCAGUUCUUAAGUGUGCUCCUGCGUGGGUAGCUUGAUUGCGAAUUUAAAAGUGCACCUGAAGCAUGGAUGUAGCAUUUUAGGUUGGCUGACCGUGCGCGUUGUGUGCGCAUCAGACGGACUUUGCACGCGGAACAUUCCUUUGACCCUUCGGACAUCAACCUGUCGGGUAUAAUCCGUGUAUAGCAAGCGAACUGACCUGGCUUUUGGAGACAGGUCGAGACUGUCGUUCUGUUUCUAUGUAGAUCCUGGAAAUUGCUGUUAUAAGACGUGGGUAG